UCAACCGCCCGAGGGGCAGCACUGCAGAGAUAGAGCUCUUCCGCACCGGGAAAAGGCGAGCGGCGACAGCUCAGCUGGAGAACAGCCGCCGCUGCCGCCAGAGGGGCUGCACCUUCCGCGCCGCAGCGACGGAGGAUCUUUCUUCCUCCUCUGAAGGAGUUUUGUCCUCGCCUGAGAACAGCGAUUGAUGCCCUUUCCCAGCAAUGGAGCCGGAGGGAACAGCUUUCACAGGACCAGCGGCCACAGGAACCCCGGGAUUCUUUUUGGCAAGGAACGAGCAGCAGUAUUUCUCUGAGCUCUUUUCGCUUUGCGGCGGAGGCGGCCAGCCUACUCCCGAGGCGGGAUCGAGAUUGCACCCCCCCGCUCUCGGGGGCAGUAAAGUGGCAGAGUUGUUCAGGGCGUCACAGCUCCCCGCGGAGAUGCUCCAUCAGAUUACAGACUUGUGUGGUGCUAAACAUGUCGGUUAUUUUGGUCGUACUCAGUUUUAUGCUGCUCUGAAGCUUAUAGCUGCUGCACAGUCUGGUCUCCCAGUACGAAUAGAAAGUAUUCAGAAUGAAUUACCUUUACCUCGAUUUAGUGCUCUGAAAAGUGAUACUGAAAUAAGGUACAUCAAUCUAUCAGAAGCACAUGGAGCAAAGUUUCAGAGUCCACAUACAACCCUUGAGAUAAAUUGCUUCAGAAGAUCAGGUGAAGAAGAAAAACAGGAAGAAGUGAAGUCUCCCCCCAUGUCUCCCAUUGUUUCCCAUCCUGCUUCUCCCUCAAAUUACCAGAAAAUUCCUUUGGGAUAUGGAUAUAAUAUAUUGAGAAGUGGGCUUGAGCAACAGCAUGGAGGUUCCUAUGAAGCUAGGCAUUCUAUUCAAGAUGGAUUGACUUCAGGGAAUUAUGGGCCCAAAUCAAUACCAACUCACUCAUGUGUUGUUCAGUCUCUUUCAAUAGAAAGAGAACCACAGGACAACAGUAGUAAUUACCCAGAUGAUCUUUGGAGGGUAACUGAGGAACAACGAGACUAUUAUAUCAAUCAGUUCAAGUCUUUACAACCGGAUCUCAACUCUUUCAUUUCAGGUUCUGUGGCUAAGAAUUUCUUUACAAAAUCUAAACUGCCGAUCCCUGAGCUUUCACACAUAUGGGAACUUAGUGAUGUUGACUGUGAUGGAGCAUUGACAUUAGCAGAGUUCUGUGUUGCCUUUCACCUUGUUGUUGCUCGGAAGAAUGGCUAUCUUUUGCCAGACAGCUUGCCAGAGACGCUCUUGCCUGACUAUCUUCAUGCAGCUUCCCUUAAACCUAAAGGUGAAUACAUACUGAAUUCUUAUUCAGAGUCAUUGUCAGUAAAUCAAUCAACACACCUUAGUAGGACUGAGCUUCCAAUUGAUGAGAAACCUGUUAAAGCUGCCCUGAUUCAGGAUACAGUUACUGAUGAUCAAGGUCUGAAAGUGAGUGAUUCUACCCAAGCAGCGCCAAAGGAAUUUAAAGUAUCUCAACACUUGCCUUUCAAAACAGUUGCUCAAGAAUCAAACACACUUAAAACAAGACCAAGGUCUAGGUCUUACUCUAGCACAUCUGUUGAAGAUCCAAUGAACAAAGGGGGAGAACCACCAGCUCCCCCACCACGACCUCAAAAAUCACAUUCCAGAGCUUCCUCUUUAGACUUAAAUAAUAUUUUCCAGCAAAACACUCACGUUAGAUCAGGCUGGAUACCACCACCACCUGCUCUACCUCCCAGGCCCUUUGUAUCACAGGUUUCUCUUCCUGUCAUAAAUACUGCAACAAGCACUCAACCCAAAUCAAGCUAUAUGAACUUCACUCUUCAGGAACAGAUAGAACAAGACUCUGAAAUAAACUCACAUUUGCCAGUGAACAUGUCCCCAUUACAAGAAAGCAGCCCAGCAAAAAAGGACCUUGUACUUACUCAGCUACCAUCAAAGCCAAUUCACAGAAAAUUCCAACCUGAAAGCCACUUGCUAGAGAACCAGGAAGUUUCUCCAACGAAAAGUGCCACUGCCUCUUCCUUACCUACCAUCAAACCUCAUCAUGCAUUUCCAAAACAGUCUUUAAAACAGAAGAAAGCUAUUCAGACUGCUAUUCGUGAAAACAAAGAAGCUAAUGCAGUGCUAGUUCGGUUGAACAGCGAACUCCAGCAACAACUGAAGGAAGUUCACAAGGAACGAAUUGCACUGGAAACUCAAUUGGAGCAACACCGACCUGUAACUGUCUUAUGAACAUUAUUUUUACACACAGUUUGUUCUAUGAAACAUGGCACUUUGUAUAAUACGUUGGCAUUUUUUUUUCUAACAAGGCAGUUUCAUCUGAAAUAGUUGCCAGAUAUCUUUACAUUUCUUGUACCAGUUACCUUGUUGGCAAGAAGAUGCACACCAUCCAAAUGACAACCAUAGUACCUAAACUAUUUUUCCACUAAUCUAGCCAACCCUUUCUUUCCAAAGGACAGGAGAAGGACAUUUAUAUUGUGUAUGUAUGUAUCCAAGAAAUUAUAUUUUGCUUAACACUGUCUCAUAUUUUAACUAUUAUUUCCAUAUGCUUUUUAUGAGCAUUUAUAGCACAUUGUAUUUAUCAUGUAUAAUAUCUUCCUAGUUUCUCCCCCCACCGCCCCUUGUUUUAUUAUCACUAAUCACCUUUGGUAGAAAGCACAAAUUUGUUGUAUUGAUAAAAUAUAUCCACACUCUUCUCUCUACAACUUACCACUGCAUAUCAAUUCCUUGCCUAUUCCUAAAAGUUGACAUACUGUCAUUGUUCCAUAUUUCUGCUGCAGUUUGAAGGAAGCAAUGUACAGUGGCCUGCAGCCAUAGUUUAAUACACUGUGUGCACAAUUAUUAGGCAAGUUGUAUUUUGGGGUAUUUAUUUCAUUAUUGAACAACUAUAGUGCUCUCAAUCAAUGUAAAAUGUUAAUAAACCUCAAACCUGAAUAUUUAAGAAAGUAAAAAAGAGGUUUUGGAGAAUACCUUGUGUGCACAAUUAUUGGGCAACUAUUAGUGUGCAGAAUUAUUAUGCAACUAAAUGAAAAAUGAAAAUUUGCCCAUCUUGUUUGUUUGCAUCUGUGAAUAAUAAACAAACAACUCAAAAUGUACAAAUAAAUAUUUUUGACAUUGCAAAAAUUAAAAAUUAGUGAUCAGUAUAGCCACCCUUCUAUUCAAUAAUGGUCAUAAGCCUUCCAUUCAUAGAGUCUGUCAGUUUCUCGAUCUGUUGACAAUCAAUUUUUUGUGCAGGAACCACCACACCUUCCCAGACACUGUUCAGAGAGGUGUACUGUUUUCCUUCACCGUAAAUCUCCCAUUGAAGAAGGGCCCAUAAGUUCUCAACAGGGUUUAGAUCAGGUGAGGAAGGAGGCCAUGUCAUUAUUCUUUCAUCUUUAGCUGUUCAGCCCCAAAAGAUCCAACUACCUCAUCUUUAACAACACCAGCCCAUAACAAUACCUCCAUUUUGCUGGCAUCUGAAUCGAAGUGGAGCUCUGUGUUACUGAUCCAGCCACUGGCCCAUAGAUCUUGUCAAGUGUCACUCUCAUCAGUCCAUAAAACCUUUGAAAAAUAUGUCUUUAGAUAUUUCUUCACCCUGUCUUGCCAUUUCAACUUAUGUGUCUUGUUCAGUGGUGGCUAUGUCUUAGCCUUCCUUACUUUGGCCAUGUCUCUGAGCACUGAACACCUUGCACUUCUGCCCACUCCAGGUAGGUUGCAGUUCUGGAA